ACGGACCGGACCUGCGCGCGCGCACGACGUGCACCGCGAGUGUUGUAUUGCGUUGUAUUGUACGAUAUUGUGACUGUGUUGUGUUGUUACUCUUGUGACUGUUCCUGUGACUAUUGGGAGUGUGUUACAGGUGCGUGCUCAGUGUGAACGGGUUUUUUUUCUAUCUGACAUCGAAGUAACUUUAACACAGAUAUCGAUCGAGCCAGCCUCAACGUUUCCGAGACACAACGGACGUGACCGACUGACAUAAUACUGAGAUGAGCCGUUCAUAGCAGCGGCAUGGGCCAAGCGGGCAGCCACCCGAGCGCCGUGGUGCCACGCACGCGCCGCGCGAACACGCUGCCGCAUGAGCCGCCGCGGCACGCGCCCAAGGUUCUGCCUUCCCUCCCAGAGUCCCCUCGGCUGCGGAGCACGGACAACGGAGCGAUCCUGCAGUCCGGAGGCACCAUCAGCGGGAGGAGGCCCACUGUUGGGCUUCACGACAGGGCGCCGCACGGGCAUGUGCAUUCAAACGCGUUCCGAUCGCGGUCGGCCGGGGCCGGCGGGGACGCUGGGGACAUCCGGUCUCGGGAGCGGGACCCGCUGCACAGGUCACACACUAACCUGGACUUGAGGCUCAAUGAAGGCUCCGGUUUAAACAAGAGGUUUGGUUCAGAACCUGACCUGAGGUUAGAGGAAGAACCUCAGAAACCAAAAUGUAACAAACAUUUUCGGAAAAAAUAUCGCGCUCCUCCCCCUCCCACCAAUAAUGAGAAUUGUGAGGGUUCUUCACCAGAUUCCAGCGAAGGGAAUUCGAGAGAACCUCAAAGAAAAUUGAGGCUUUUCAAAACUAGAAACGAAACCAAAAAGAUGAACGGACAUUUCGAUUCGAAAACACCGGGUUACAGAAGCACAGAAUACAAAUCACUCGAUUUAAGCGACAAUCAAGCUUUUGAAAGAAGAUACAGAUCGCCGUGUAAAGAUAAAGAACAACAUCUUAAAUAUCCAGAUAAUACGGAUAUGAUUCAAUCUACAUCGUCUCUGAAGAGAGAAGAACGAUUACUUCAAACCAAACAAGAGCUCAAGAAGACAAGGAUAGACAGAGUGAGUGGAUGCCGGGCGAAAAUGUCCAAAUCAAACGAGCAAAGCGAAGCGUGGAAAACUCCACUAUUGAAUAGAAAUUUCAGAUAUUCUGAAAGGUUCAAGAAAGAAGACGGCGGAGUACCACCGUUGCGGAGAGAAAAGACUUUCGACUCUUUGCUAACAAGUGAAAAAGAAAGCGAAUCUCCGCGGACACCACAUGAGACUCGGAUGAAGUCAUUAGGAGAUCAGUUAAAAGCAAACAGACUCGCCCCCAUGGCUGAGAACAACAAGCCUUUGAGGAAGUCUCUUCCGUCACUAUUAGCCAAAAAUAGUGACGAAAAGGACGAAUUCCAAGCGGAACUUAAAAAGGCUACUAGUAGGAUAAGAAACGAUGUAGGAAGUAAAGUUAAUAAUGUAAGUGAAAACAAAACUAGUCAAAACGAUAAAACGAGCGCACACAAACCAAACCCAACGAAAUCAGCAAGCCAGAACAAAGUCACAGAGUCUAGUCUAAAAACGAAUGUUAAUAACAAAGCAGAUAAUAUGCAGAAAACAGCGAUAAGUAGGAGGCCUUUGGGUCGAUUAAAUGAAACUAAAACAAAACCGACCAUCCCACAAAAUAAUACUAACGUUAAAAACAAUGCAGCAGUCAGCAGGUAUAAAUAUAAUAGCAAAGAGAACAACAGGACGAUGCCGGAUCGAGGACAAGCAUCGGGCAAGGAAUCUACUCCGGAACACUCGCCUACCAGAAAGAAGGAACCACCGAUAUCAAGGCCGGCAGAAGUCGCAAAACCAGAAGAAAAGAAAAAGACAGCUCCAUCGAAGCAAUUCUACUUCGGCAUGAUCGAGAGCAAGCAGACGGAACCCCGUGACCACCUGAAGGACUUCCCAGGUCUCGGCAGCCCGAUCAUAGAGGAGAUCAGCAACUUCCACCUCAUCGAGAAGAAACUCCUGGGGUACCACGACGAGGACGCCGAGUUCGAGAAGUUCAAUGCUCAAUUGAAGGAGAACUGUAAAGUUAAGAAUUUAUCAUCAGAAUCGGCGCUCUCGUCAGAAGGGUCGGAGGGCGAGUCCGAGGGCUCUCUGGGCAUCGCACUGAGAUUGCGACCGACGUUGCCCAAGAAGCAGCCAGCCGUGCCCAGAUUCUCUCCUGCCGCUGCGUGGAGACAGCUGGCUAGUUUGGAUGCUCAUUUAGCUGCAGAAACGCAACCGCUGGCAGUAGAGACCAAAAUGGCGGCGGAUAUAUCACCAGAAUCGUCACCUCGGUCCGACCAGUCUGCAGACAAGUCCGGAGACUCCGGGAUAUCUGGUGAUCAUGCUCAUAGUGAUCACAGGGUGGACUCGCCGAGACAUCACACCCAAGAUUCCUCUCCUGCCGCAUGGACGCCCCAACAAGAUCUGGGCGACAGCAGCUCGGACGGCGCGGGGGGCGCAGGGGGCGCGCGGGGCGCGCUGCUGCCGGGGGGCGCCGUCACCUACAGCCCCGGGGCGCAGCCCUUCAGUCUGUCCUUACCUAGGGAAGACAGGUUUAAAGGGAUAUCGUGUUUCUACGAAUGCUUCCAGGGCAAACAGAUCCAGCAAGGGUUCAACAGCUUGCAGAAGCUAAGGAAGUCGGUUUCAGGUGCCUUAGGAGCAGCCCUAGGUUCUAGAAGGUUCGAUUUGGAACAUGAGCCGAUGUUGGAGGAGCCAGAACAGAACUGGUUCCUGACGAAGUCGGCACCAAACUCCUUGAGCAAUCCGCUGCUGUUCCAACCUCCAGUCAGGACUAAAGGUCCCCCUGAAGAUGAUAUUAAGGAGGAAUCGAGACCGCCUUCUGAAAAGGAGGAGGAAUCAUCAUCAUGGCGGCCCAGUAACUCCUACCUGUCUUGGGGAGGUCACGUGAUGUACCUCCCCCCCGCCCCCGCCGCGCUCGACCAACCGUUGUCGAUUCUUGACCCGCUUGACAGACCUGUCAGGAGUAAAUCGAGCGGUUGUUUGGAAGUGGCCGCUCGUGCUGCGCGCGCGGCGCUGGCGUCCGAGAUGAGGGAGCGAGAGAGAUCCGCAUCGCCCGAGAUAGUGCGAGCGUUGCCGGCCAGGGUGGAGCCCAACCCUAAUAGAAGCAGGAACGUGAGUCGCGGCAAGAAGUUCACCUUCCAGUCCACAGUGAGGCAGCUCGAGAGACGGAGACUCGCGGAGAAGCUGUCCAAGGAGGCGGACCUGAAGGAGCAGCAGCGAAGGACUGAGCUGGAAGCCAUGCGGAGAGUGGAAGAAGAGUUCCAACGCAAGCGUGCGAGAGAGAAGGCGAACAUCCGACAACAACUGCGGCUGGUCAGCGGAGCGUCCAGCACGCCCACCGCCACACACAAUGGAAAGGCCCGUGAUGAGCCUGAUGGUUCGUGCAGAGAAUCUCCUGCUCCGGAGAGGACCAGGGACAGACAGCGACACAGCAACAGCGGAUCUGAGAUUAGCGGCAGAAGCAAGAGUACCACACCGAUCCGUUGCGUGGAGCUGUCGGAAUGGCGGGAUGGCGCGAGCGAGGCGCGCGUGUACCGCGACUGGGCCGCGGCGGCUGUCGGCGUCGCGCCCGCGCACGCUCACCCGCCCGCCUGCGCCCGCAUGCCCAUGUCAACACACGUUGUAUAUAAUGCAGCGGAGCCCGAAGCCCCGUUCAGCGGCAGCCCCCGCUCGGACAACUACCGGCUGGAGUUCGCGCGCGGGCGCUCCCCGCGCACGCCGCGCCCCCCGCGCCUGCUCACCGCCGCGCGCUCGCCCUCCACCUCCGGAUCGGAGCUGUCACUGCGCCAGCCAAUCAAAAUCAGGUGGUGAUGUCAAGGUCGCUAUGUCUAACCCCUAACUUACGCCAAACUACGAGAGACCACAACAAAAGAAGCAGAAGAGCCAGCAAUUGUACCAACAUUACGGCCGAGUGGACCCAGCCGGGCAGUAGUCAGUCACUGAUGAACAGCAUUCGAAGUACUCAGUCACAAAUCGACAGCAGUCAAAGUAGUCAGUAGUCAACAGCAUCGACAAAAGACGCUCUUGUUAAAUCGUUCGAAAGAUAAAAUUAAAUUAUAUCUUUGUUUUUUAACCCGCGCGCAUAUAAGAAAGUCAAUUGAUCAACAAUAGGUUUUUAAUUUUUCAAUUGAUUUUAGGCCGAUUCGGCCGUCCGUGAACUGAUGGGUGAAUCGUGAAGAAAAAUUAUGCUUCUAAAUUGCAUCGCAAAUGUCCCAUUGAUCGACAACAGUGGUCGAUAAUCG